AAAUUUUAGUUUCUGCCUGGAAAAGUUAUCUUUGCCAAGCCAAGUAUUUACGGACGAUAUCAAGGAAGCUGUUGUGGUGUACUUUACAAGGGCGUCUGCACUUAUUAAGCAAACUUGCUGUUAUUAGUGGUGAUUUUACGUGGUUUCCUCAUCAUUUACUUUAGUUACUUCCUUUCACGGACUUGAUCUCGUUUGCAUCUUUUUGGUGCGUUUCACGCUUUCUCGUCCUUUUGAUUCUUCGAAAAUUUCCGCGAACUAAUGGCCGAUCAACUCACUGAGGAGCAAAUUGCAGAAUUCAAGGAGGCAUUUUCCUUGUUCGACAAAGAUGGCGAUGGCACAAUUACAACAAAAGAGUUGGGUACGGUUAUGCGGUCGCUAGGCCAGAACCCGACUGAAGCCGAAUUGCAGGAUAUGAUCAAUGAAGUUGAUGCUGAUGGUAACGGAACGAUUGACUUCCCGGAAUUCCUUACCAUGAUGGCACGGAAAAUGAAGGAUACAGAUAGCGAAGAAGAGAUCCGUGAAGCCUUCCGAGUAUUCGACAAGGAUGGUAAUGGUUUCAUAUCUGCAGCCGAGUUGCGUCACGUUAUGACUAAUCUUGGUGAAAAACUGACCGAUGAGGAGGUGGAUGAAAUGAUUAGGGAAGCUGAUAUUGAUGGCGAUGGUCAAGUCAAUUACGAAGAGUUCGUGACGAUGAUGACGACUAAAUGAAUUUGUACGAGUAGUAACGACAGAUGGAGUUGUGAGAUCGAUCAAUAUCGUAUCUAUCCAUUCACCAGCAAAAUAGAGAGCACGAGUUUUUUUAUUUGCUGUCAUAGAGAAUCGUUCGCUCGUAUUUACGUUUGAAAAGGGAUUUAUGGAAACCUACAUGCUGUGAAAUUUUUAUGAACAAUAUUAUUAUGCAGAAUUGUGUUUUUACGUUUUUUUUACCUAUCUGUCUGCAAGGACAUGAAAUUUCGUCAUUCUCCUUUUUAUUCACACAAGCUCAUUAUUUCUUCAAGGUACAACUUGAAGAAUUAAGUACGAGCUUGCGAAAUUGGCUUUCCAGCUCUCUGUGAAUUUUACUAGCUCAUUAAGGUUAUUCUAUCCAUGACUUUCAC